CGUAGUCGAGUGUUUCUCACUACUUCUUGAGUGAUUCACCGCUUCCUGCGUGCUUUACUAAGUAGAGGCUUGUUUAUUUGUUUUAUGAUAUCCCCACACAUUGGGGAGUGGAGGAGGAAAAGUGGAAUCAGCGUGUAUCUGUUCUCUGAUAAAGCACGCAAAAAUAAGUCAAUCACAAUCCUUGUUAGAACUGUUCAAAUAAUUUGAUUGGCUAAUGAGACAACAGCUGUCAGUCACAAAAUAAACUUCACUGAGCUAACCUUUCGGUUUCAAUUGGCUUUCGAGAAAAGACCGAUCCCUUCAAAGUUCGAUUUUCAGUUUAAUUCUUAAUAAGGAUCUAAAGGUUUCUGGUCCAGAGGAAUCCGGCCGCAUCGUGGCUCAUGAAAACGUGCACUUUUCCAAUGGAAAUUACGAACGGAUGCUAAAGCGAAAUGCUGAGUUGUAUUUAAAAGAAGCUACAGUUAUUUACGGCUUGCAGCCGCUUGCAGCAAGAUAUGCCCGACCUGGCGUCAAAGUUGGAAAGACUAGUCUGCUUCCUCUGGUUCUACUCUGAGGACAGGAUAAAAUUUCAGAGGAAGCUUUUAACUGAUCACUCGUCUGUUGACUGUUGAUACAAAAUUGUCGAGGUUCACUUCGCUGAGAUGACUGGAGAUCGCUAGUAAGCAAACGAGCGUUACUACACUGCAUGUGAGUGUUUUCUGAGCAUUUUUACAAAAAUAAAGCUCCGCAUCAUAAACAUUGACAGUUCAAUUGGUGUUUUCUGUCGUUGUUUUUGUUCUUAAGUAUAAUUUCUGCUAUCGUAACAAAUGUUAUGUCUUUCAUCGAAGCAUUCGUUGGGUUGAGAAUUUGUUUAUUUCGCUAGCUGCGUGCUUUGUCGGAAUCUAGCAAAACAGUGGCAUUUACUGACAGUAAUUCUUAUCGUUAUUGCGGUUACGAUGACGAUGAAAAUGAUGAUAGCUCUCAUCAAUUGUGUAGUGGUAAGCCUAUAAGUAGCAAGGAGAUAGCGCCGUAUGAAUAAAAUGAGGACUUGAUAUUUUUUUAACAAUUUAUGUUCUUAAGGUCUUUCUUUUAUUUGUUCGUUUAGGUUACUGUUAUAAAAAAGUCAGCUAUAGAGCAUUGCAAAUCUGUCACAGAUCCUCAUUAUAGUGUUUUGCAUCCUCGAGGACAUGGAAGAUGGUUCAAUUUUAUGGGGCGCGGCGAUUAUAUCUUGUAUAAGAAUACGGAGAGGAACUUUGAGGUUCAAACGAGACAGUGGCGUUGUGGCGGCGUACCUACUUGCAAUUGUGGUGCAGUUGUAAGAGACCAUAAUGAUGUUAUUGAGUUCAACUGUUGCAACGACCUUCUUACACGUGACAGUACGACCCCAAUAACGGUGAAAAUACGGAGCAAAAAGUGUUUGUCACCAGGAAUAUCCAUUAACAAAAUGAUAAAUGGUAGAAAUAUCGACUACGAGGUGUUAUUUCCAUCUGGAGCCAAGGUUGCAAUAUUCAGAAACUUCUGGGGAAUCGAUGUCAACGUCUAUACACCGAGGGCGAAAAAUAUAGCUAAUGAAAAGGGACUUUGUUUGUACGACUGGAGUAAAAAUGUAAAUACAUACGGAAGCAACUUAAGAAUAAAUAAUGGACAAAGUUACUUCGACACACUCCCUCCUGUUCUAGAAGACCAGGUUGUUAUCUAUUCCGAGGCAUGCUUGUGCGACACCAGAGACUGCAAAAAUUCCUUUGAGCUCGCUUUUCCGAACGCAAUGAAAAAGAAUUUGUCACCAAUGUUUCUGUGCGACCGAGACAAAAGAGAUGUCCACUACUCUGACGAUCCCACAGAGGAAGAAAUUCAGAUAUUUAAACAAACUCCCCUGUUACAACCACGCUUUAGACGGGCGUCGCAAGUUGGACAAAUAUCCAAGGAAAACGCCACCAGCUACUGUGCGGAGAGAAUAUCAGAGACUGAGAUUGGCAAGCUCUGUGCCAAAGUUGGAGUCAAUGUGCAGGCAUUGGUAAACACAUGUUCAGCUGAUGUUGAGCUGACUGGAGACUUAUCUUUCGCAAGUGGCAGCGUUGCUAUAUUAAUGAACGAAUGUGGAAAUUUGGCAGCAAUAAAUAUAUCUCAAUCUUCGAAUGGCAGUGGCGAAGAAACUUCUAUUUCAGUAGACGAGAUCAGUGAACUGCUAUGUCCCAAUGACUGUACGUUUAAUGGUAAAUGCAUCAAUGGAUCCUGCGUUUGCAACAAGGACUACACUGCUGAGGACUGCUCGGUGUCUAUUUAUCAAAUACCAACAAUUUCCAGGUCAGUGUCAACGGAAAACAAAAUGGCAUUUUUUGUUGCUUUUCUGAAGGAGAUCGACAUUAUUUUUUUCCUGGCAAAAGAAGUUCUUAUUUGUUAUGUUUAUAAUUGAUUUUUUACCCCUAUUCAGACAGGCACAAACAAUACGGAGCAUGAAUUCCCUGGUAUAAUGACAGACUUGGUGCUUACAGACUGUUCUUUACCUGAAUCACCAGUGACGCAAGGGUAUUUUGAUGAAAACAAUGCGGGAACCUCAGCCGCUGGCCUGUAUAUAUCUGUCUCUAACGACGGGGAACACAAAAGCCAUAAAAAUCUCACAUUUAUAUCAUACGAUUCAGCUUGCAUGAGUUGCAAUGUUUCUACUGGAUGCUUUUUCAAGAACAAUUCCUGCCUGAUAAAUGGGUACUGCUUCGCUUCGAACGAGACAAAUCCAGUCGACUGGUGCUACCAAUGCCUUCCACAUGUCAGCACUAAGGCGUGGUCGGAGCGUCAAGUCAAUCUUCCUCCUCGAUUUUCAAAGGACAUCGACUACUUCGCUGUACUUGACGAAACCCUAGAGCUAACUAUUGAUGUCGUAGACCCUGAAGGCAUGCCUGUCACGGUCUCACUAAUGGACGGAAGCUCAGCCAAGGCUGUAGUGCGCGAUAACGUGUUGAUAUGGAACGCCACUAAUGAUGCAAAAACGCAGUUCGUCCUCAAAGCCACGGAUGCAUGCAAAGCUACCUCUUACGUUAAUAUCACCGUAUCCCUGGUCGUUUGCCAGUGUCAGAACAACGGAAGAUGUGUGCCUCAUCCAAGCAAGCCCAGGGGGUCAGGGCUUUAUGAAUGUCAGUGUUUACCUGGAUAUACCGGAGACGAGUGCGAGACUAACAUCGAUGAGUGCCAAUCGUAUCCAUGUUUUCGAGGUCGGUGUAUUGAUGGACUUAACAACUACACCUGCCUCUGUGAUACUGGAUACGUUGGAAGCAACUGUGACAUUGAUUAUGAUGACUGCAGCUCUUCUCCUUGCAUUCAUGGAAAAUGCACGGAUUACACAGGCUCGUAUAAAUGCACUUGUGAUCCUGGAUACAGUGGGCAUAAUUGCACUAUUGACAUUGAUGAAUGUGAAUCUUCACCAUGCAGACAUGGGGACUGUGUCAAUCAGGCUAAUAACUACACCUUUCAAUGCGAGGAUGGCUAUACUGGUCGCGAUUGUGAAGAGGAAAUCGACGAAUGUCAGUCGUCUCCUUGCAUUCGUGGAACAUGUCUGGAUAUGAUCAACGAUUACACUUGUAUCUGUCCAGCUGGUUUUACUGGAGUGAGAUGCGAAGAGAACAUCAACGAGUGCCUUUCUUCUCCCUGUGACAACGGAACUUGCACUGACCACGUCGAUAACUACACGUGCAACUGCCACGUGGGUUUUACUGGUCCGCACUGUGACAUUAAAAUCGCAGACUGUACCAUUGACUCCUGCUACCCCAAAGUGACCUGCUUCAAAAACAGCGACACAAUUAGCUGUGGUCCGUGCCCACUUGGAUUCAGUGGUGAUGGAAAGAAUUGUGAAGGUGAUUACAAGAAUAAGAAAAUUGGAAACAUAAUGUGAUAAUGUUCAGGCCUGUUAAAUGCAUGUCAAAAAGACGUCGUAAUGAAUGCUUUUAAGUCUAACCUCUAGAAGCACUGCAUUAAGCUGAUUUUGUGAUGCUGUUGUUUUGUCGUUGUUAUGUUGGUUUCGGUUUCAGCUUUGACUUUUAUUUCGCUUUUGCUUGCCUGGUUUUGUUUGUUACAUAUUUGCCCUUUCAUUUCGUUUCCCUCUCUGUAUUGCUGAACGUCAUAUUGUAAUUGACAAAUAUCUUAUAGCACACAAAAAGACGGAAAGGGUUUCACAUUUGUUUAAUGGAAGUAUACAAAGGAGAAAGAACAUUUUUAAUUGAAUCAACUAAUUUCUAAUAAAUGAACUGAGCCUACCUGGUUAGGAGUAUAGCCAACAACCUCUAGUGAGUCCAGGCGAGGAUAUUUUCAGUAAGGGACUGGCAAAAUGAGCGCAUCGCAUCUUAAGCGUCACGUGAACAGUUACGUUGCUGAGCAACUACAAGCUAUUAUUUUCAAUGCCUGUCUUGAAAGCUGAUACAUCAAUCUACGAAGAACACCAUUCAAAGAUCCCAACACAUUCCAGCAGCUUAGAAUAAAUGGGGCUUCAAAACUAUCGACAGACAAAACAACUUUUCACUUGAGUAUGAUGAUGACUCCGGUCUCCUAAAAACUACAGUCAUCAGCACCAGUCCUAUCCAGACGUGGACUAGCCCUAACGACGUACUAGCUAUUUCUGCAAUAGAAUUCUACGUAUUUCUAGAGCGUAUUGCCAAUGAAAUUAGUAUUAGCAGU